AUCGAGUGAGAUGGCGAUGUUGGUUUCUUUCGUUUCGUUGACGAAUAUUUUCAUAUAAUUCUGUAAAUUCAAUGCAAAACAAAGUAAUUUAAAUGAUACAUUACUAGGGGAUAGGUGAAAUAUAUCCGUGUGGUCUAGUUAUAGAGUGAGUUUUAGCAAACGUGCGAACAUCGUGAUUGUGAGGUCAGACUAAAAAUAUCAGGUAUUCAACCACAGGUGAUGGAUGAGACUUCAGAUCCUCACAUGGAGACAGACGUGUCGUCCACAACAGAAGAUGUGCCGGAGAUGCAGGAGGUGUCCGGUUCCAAUGGUAAUGUUGUAUUGAUAGUAGAGAAGAUAGAUGAAGAGCAUGAGGCGGCGGCACCUAAAAGUGAUGAAAAAUCUACUCACGUGAGUGAAUCAAGCUCUCCUAGUAAGUUACAGAAGCAACAAUCUUCUCCACCACAGAUCAAAACCAUACCUGAUGCUGUAGUCCCAAGCAAGCCACCUAUGAUUCAAAAAAUAGUCUUAAAACGUCCUUCUAAACCAAUUUUUACUUUAGACCAACUUAACAAUGCUGUUAUUAUAAAUAAAGAAUCAAAACAAAUACCACUGUCAACUGACUUACAUUCAGAGGACAGAACAGUUGAUUCAUCAGGUAAAUUUGAAAAUCAAAAUUCCCCAACCAAGAAAAGUCCAGAAAUCAUAAUUAAAUCCCCACGUAAGGAUGUAGAUGUUGAAAUAAUACUGAAAAAAACAUUCACUAAUGUUCAAAAUGAGAUGCAGAAGUCUCCUGAGAAAUCUGCUAAAACAAAGGCUGAAUCUACCACAAAUUAUUCACAGAAAAUUAUUCAAAACACUCCAGUCAAAGAGCAGCCUAAUGUUAAAACACCACCAAAAGAACAGGUAGAACAUCAAAAGUCUCCACAGAAAGCUCCUCUGAGAUCACCUGCAAAAGAACAGGAGGACUCCCAAAGAUCUCCACAGAAGAAUUCUGUUAAAACACCAACAAAUCAACAGGAGGGAUCACUAAAAUCUCCACAGAAACCUGUUAAAACACCAAUAAGAGAAUAUGAAGAAGCUCAAAAAUCACCAGAGAAAGCUAUUAAUACACCAACAAAAGAUUUUAUGGAACCCCAGAAAUCCCAACAGCAGGCUGCAAUUAAAACACCAACAAAGGAACAGGGGGAAAUUCAAACACAACAGAAGACUCCAGUCAAAGAUCAGCAAGAAGCCGAAAAACCUACAAAAACUUUCACUAAAGAACUGACAAUGGAUCCUCCAGAAACUAAAGAAGUUGUACCAGCAGAUAAAAAAUUGAAUGGUAACCAUGAAAAUUGUGACAAUAAUAAACCUCCUACUAUAAAUAAUUUGGUUUCCAUAGAAAUUGAUAGAGACACUUCAAAUGACUCACAAUUGGAAAGUCUGGAAACUAUAGAAAAAGACCACAAUAAAAGCAUUAGCAGAGAACUCAAGUCGCUAAUCAAUUCUGCUAAAGAAUCUAAAAUAAUAAGUGAAUGUACUCAAUUAACAAGUAAAACUAGAAAGUCUAGGACAGCACUAGAUUCCUCAAAUCCACUAAAUACAUCUGUAGAAGCAGAUAAGAUUCAGCCUAACAGAAGAAUUAGCACUAAUUCACAAAAGAGCAACUGCAGUGAAAAAUCUGAUAAAAUGGCUGUCAAGAGAUCCAUGAGAUCUCAAAAUCCAGAGUUUGUUAACAAAGUGAAGUUAUUCCUUCACUCUGUUACUAAAAUUCACAAGGAUUCUGAUGAAGGCACUGAUGAGGACAUGGAAGAUCUGAAAAGCAAAGAACCACCACCUGAAAUGAGAGCCAGCUCUCCUAAGAAGAAAAAAAUACCUUUAGUGGAUACUGCAGAGAAACCAACCAAGUUGAGAAUAGACCCUUACUGUUGGAGAUGCCAUUGGGCCACAGAGCAGCCACCCAAUGAAAAAGCCCAUCCACCAAUGCAUUGCACGGUGUGUCCGAGGGCUUUUCAUUUCAAGUGUCUGUCUGGUACAGAGCGCAAUAAAAUUAACACUGAAAAGAAUUGGGUGUGUCCUGAGUGCAUGUCUAUAUUGCAUGCUGAGAGUUCAGAAACAAGAUCACCAGCUAUGAAGAAAAUAUCGUUGGGUAUGCUAUGUGAACUUCUCAAAUUUGCUUUACAAAGGAUGAUGGAUCUCAAUGGGGUUGACCCAUUCAUGCAGCCAGUGGACCGAACGGCGUUCCCCGACUACGACAACUACGUGGUGCAUCCGAUGGACCUAUCGCUGAUGAAGGAUAACAUUGACGCGGGACUAUACGGAAGCACUGAGGCGUUCCUUGCGGAUGCGCAAUGGAUACUGCACAACAGCAUUAUUUUCAACACAAAUUUGUUAUCCACAGUACAGUCGAAGUUGACAGGCGCCGCUCGCGCGUUGGUUCGCUCGUGUCGCGCGGAGAUGGGCGAAAUCGAAGCUUGUUCGGAAUGCUAUAAAGCGGCGCAUGCGCGUAGACCUACUUGGUUCACUGACGUAUGCACUACGCCACAUGUACUGCUGUGGGCGAAACUUAAAGGUUUCCCGUACUGGCCAGCGAAGGGCAUGUCCAUAAACAACUCUGGUCUAGUGGAUGUGAGGUUCUUCGGAGCGCACGACCGCGCCUGGGUGCCAGCCAAGGACUGUUUCCUGUACUCGGAGAGGGACCCAAACAACUUUAGGACUAAGCGGCAGGAUAUCUUGGACAGUAUGCAGGAAGCAGAACAGCACAUUCGUAACAUAUCCCGUAAAUACGGCAAGUUUGUGUACCCGCCGUUCAAGACGCAGUUCGACCCUUCGAAGCUGACAGAGCAAAUAAAAUUGAUGAUUCCCUCAUUCGAGGGAGAAGUGAGAUCGUCAAUCAAAGACAAGUCUCAGAACUCGUCGCCUAGCCUGAACAAGAGCAGGGGGAACUCCAGCAGAUCCAACUCCAAGAGCUCCAAGGAAGGCCUCGAGGGUGAUACAAGUGAAGGGGAGGAUACGUCAACAGUUGCUACUCGUAAAAUGGCGGAUGGGGCAGAAAUCGCCAGGGAAGAGGAUGGCUCUGUCGAUAAAAAUAAAACAUUGGAAGUGUCACAGACUCCAGCCAAAGAAAAUGAGAAAUCUAGAAAAAGACGUCAUUCUCAACUCGAAGAAGCUGUCAUUACUGUCAUGGAUAUAAAUGUUAAAGAAAAGAAGAGAAAGGUCGAAGACAAAGGAAAAUCUGACAAUAAGACUGAACCGGAACCUACUACUAGCAAAGAUGUUGAAAUGAAGAUAGUUGAAAACAAAAAGACUGAAUUAACACAACAGAAAACUGAAAACACUCCUAAAACAAGAGAGAAAGUUUCGACUCCUACACCGAGUUCAUCAGAAAAAAAUUUAACCCCCAAAGUCGCGCCGAUUAGAAUCAUCACUACGCCCAAAGGAAACAGAACGGCUAUCAGAUCGAGUACGCCUAAAAUAAAAUUUGUCACUAAGCCUGAAAAGAGAUCGUCGACUGAAAAGAUUAGUAGUAAGGAUGAAAAGAAACACAAACGUAGAAACUCAAAAACUAAAACAUUGAAUAGCAGUAACCCAACUCCAGGAAAAGACAAGCUCGAAAAGAAGAAUAAUGAUAAAAGUCUUGACAGUUCUACAAAAGAAAAAGUAAAAGAUACUAUUGACAAAAAUAAAGAAUCAGUAGAAAAGACUACGAAAACUAAACAGAAUUCCGAGGGUAAAAUAAAAGAUAGACUUCAGUUCGAUGAUGACACAAGUCUGGCAGUAUUAGCACGGAGAAGUAAAGAUAGUGAAAAUGAUGUGUCAGGUCUCCCCACUAUUAGCAGUGUAAUGAGUCUAUCAACUACAGCCCAAAUUGCUAUGACGACGACAUCCCAACCCGCGACAUCUGCUAUAGAACUUAUGUUACAAACGAACUCCAGGUCGAGUAUCUUCACACCUACCAGUAAAGAGAACGUUAGCAACAUGAAAGACGCGGUGAACAAAUUGCAGCAAUUGAAAGAUACGCAGCAGUCUUUGGUUGGAAAAGUAGGGGUCCGAGCAUUUGCGCGCAUGACGUCACCGCCAAUGAACGCGAGCAAAGACGUCGAAGUGGAAAUAAAGGCGGAGCCGAUCGAUUUGGACGACUCGGAUCGUCAAAUGGAGAAGAUGGAAGUGAUGAACGCGUUCCACCUGAGGCCGGUGAAUCCGCCGUCGAAUUUGCGGGAAGUGAGGAUCAAUAAGUUGGUCGUUGCUCCUUUGCCGAACAACGCGAGGCGCGGGAAGGUAGUGGAGGUUAGACCGCGAGCUAAGAAAAGUUUUCCCCAGCCGGCGCGGCCGGAAGGUCGCUCGGAGUUGAACGGCAAGAACUCGAUGGUGUACAUUCCCAUCCAGCCCGCCAACACGCCGGGCCCGCGUCCGCCCAGCACCAUCACCAUCACGCCUGUCAUGCGACAGCCCACGCCUGCUACUACUUCAAACAGCUUAUUGAAAUCCACGCCACCUUCGAUGGUCACUAUGUCGUCAACAUCUAGUCCUGUAGUGUCAGUGGCCAGUUCUCCAAUCCAAGGCGGGCCCACAGUGGGCCAGGCCACAGUCCACACUGUCCCACUUAUCACAUCUGUCAACGGCCAAUGGACAUUGGCGCUGCAACCAGUUAUGUCCGUCGGUGCAGUAGAUAGUGAACAGCAACCAAUGGUAAACGGUUCGCCCGAACGGCUACCAGUUCCUAGUAUUACUACAAUAAACAACUUGAACGUUGGCGGCCUUGCCAACGUAAACAAUAUCGGCAGUAUUGCCAACGUGAAUAACGUAGGCAGUCUGGCCACCAUAAACGCUGUCAGUCUAGCCAACUUGAACAACUCGAGCAGUGUUGCCAACGCGAACACCAUCGCAGGAACGAACGUGACCGGUGUUACCAACAUAACAAGCAAUGUUACUGGAACCGCAACUAUUCCGAUAGCGGCGCCUGCAGUGGCGACACCUGUGCAAGGAGCGAAUAAAGCGAAUGAUACUGGUGGCAAUCCUGGCGAGCCCCCUCGGUUGCAGCAGCGGCCAGCUCUGUUGCACCCUCUGGACGCCCGCACGCUGGUCGCGGCCGUGCCCACGCCCUCCGCCGCGGGCCCGCUUACCGCCAAACUCAACCAGAACGCUGUCAAGUUGGCAGACUACUUCCGCACGCUUCUAGAAGACUCUCUAGAACAUUUGGACGAGCCGGCCGCUCAAGUGACGUCACUCAAACUGCAGCUAGAACAGAUGCGGUGGCGACACCAGCAGGAGAUCGAUGAGAUCAACCAUAACCACGAGCUGACCCUGUCGGAGAUGCGCACGUCGCUGGAGAAGGAGCGCGCGCGCGCGCUGGCGGACGCGCGCCGCGCCGCGCGCGCCGACCUCGAGGCCGCCGUCAGCAUAGCCAAGGCUAAGCAAUGGUGUGCCAACUGCAGCCAGGAAGCGCAAUUCUACUGCUGCUGGAACACCUCGUACUGCGACUACCCGUGCCAGCGCUCACAUUGGACGCAGCACUUUGCUGUCUGCACGCAGAAGAGGUCGCAGGACGGAAACGCAAGUGCCGACGCGAACAGUUCUCCGCCCGAGAGACUUCAACCACAGCCAGAGAAUCUCCCAGCAUUACAGAAGAGUGCGCCGAAGCUGACGGCGGCGAAGCGGCCGCCGCCGCCGCCGCCGCAGCAACAAGACUCCAUUAUAAUGAGCGUGAUGGAGGACGCUCGCGGCAACCAGACGCUGAAGUGUGUGGGCACCUACAAGCCGCCCGCCCCCGCCUCCUCCGUCCUCCUCAAUAAACAGAUGAUCAACAACGACGACAACUCCAAUAAGAAAGUGGUGACUACUGGUGGAUACCUCAUUGUAGGAGGUGGAGUUACGAACUCUGCGACUGUCGUAUCACAGUCUAGGAAAGGACCCACCAUCCAAUAUUACUCAUAAACAGACUUACCUUUCUGAACUGAUCAUUUGUUUAACCAUGUGUGCUGACCUGCUGAUACUCCCGAGGUAGAUCUGCAGAAAGUUGGAUGUUCUGGGUUCGAUUUUUGGUGAACAGCGCGUGACUCGCCUGCUAUUUUGUAGGCAAUAGCAGUUCACCGCACACGUUUAAAAACUAUAGACAUUACAUUUUAUCUAUGGAAAAACUUUUAAUGUAAAUAGAGCAUUUAUAUUUGUGACAAAUGAAAGACUUCGUUAAAUAUUUGUGACAAACUAAGAAUUCGAUAAGUGAAUCUAAUUUUAAGUGUACAUAAAGUAUUUUUGUGAAAUGUUUUAAGGCAAUGCUCAAACAUGUGUUGGUAACUGAUCGAUAUUGGAUUGAAUUCUAUGUGGAUGAAAUUCGCCAGUUCACUGCCAGUGUGGCUAAUCACAGCCUUAUUGGAUGUCGUAAUGUUAUUUUGAUAAUUAAAUUAUAGGUUAGUGUUCAGGCAACUAUCGAAGUUGUAAAUUUUUAAGUCUCAAACAGUCAACCAAACAACAAACUAUUGAUCGACGCGGCGAAGGUAUCGAAAAGGGUAUUCAUGAAAUAGUCUGUGACACAGGAGUCCCCAGGCAUUCUUUUGAAAUUAUGUUUGUUCAAUCAUGGUAAAAAAAGUAUUAAAUUUACUUCACUGUGAAUAUCAAGAUAAUGUUUUCUUCACUUCUGGUUUCAAAUGGACUUAAUUAUUCCGCUGUCUUGCUUACAUGGCGGGAUCUUUUACACCAAAACAAACUACUUAAUAGGGGGAAGCCUGUUUAAAACCAGAAAUGAAGUGUUCACAUUCACGAGUCCGUAGUGGACAAUCGUGGCACAGUUGAUAAAUAUUAAGGCGGGCUUGUGCAAAGUGCAACAAAUUUUUACUAUUUCGACAGGGAACUUUUCAAAGUACACAUCGCAGCUAAGUUAGAAACAACACAUAUUGUACAAAUUUAAACUUUACCACAUGGUAUUUUUAAUGACCUGUAAAUAUUGUACAUUUUAUAUUAAAGAAGGGAAUUUUUUGUUCUCAUGCAAAUUGGAUAAUUUGUUAUACUCGUAGGCCUUGCUUACACGUUGUUGUCAUAAUAAUAAAUAUGCUCACUGGAGAAAAAGCAGUGUAAUUGUGGUAUUAUCUAUUAGAAAAUAAAGAUUCGGUUAUGCAAAUGUAUUGUACCUAUUUCUAAGUACUGUGUUCUUAGAAUUACGAAUCUAUGCAAUAAUUGUGCUAAAUGUUUUCUUCAGUUAUAAAAAUAGAAAUGUGUAGGUACUAGUGUAUAAAGUCGUAAAAUAAUUUGAUAAAUACUACCAAUUUUAUUGAAAAAUAAAAUUUCAUUUCCAAUUUUAUUGUAACUAAGCUGCUGUAAGUUUAAGACUGCUACUAUGUUAAGUUCAUUUAUUGGCUCAGAUAGAACAUUAUGUUAAUAAAUUAUGCAACUUAAUUUUACAGGAUGGUUGUAUACAAAUCAAGUGUCUUGUUGCAAUUUGGUUAAAUUUUUCGGUGUUGCUUGUGCAUUCAACUAUUUUAUUCAUAUUUUGAUACAAGUCUGUUGCUAACUACACAAUUUGUGAGAAAAUACAAGUUACUGUAUGUAAAUAUUAUUCUGUUUUAAUGAUGCCUCCUAGGACGUAAUGUUAAAAUUUUAGUUUCAAUAAAGACUAUUCAGAAACUA